AUGGUGAAGGUCUUCUCAGUGGAGUCGCAGCAGCAGCUGAGGUCAGCGCGAGUUGGCAGCCUCCCAUUGGCCAGCAUGGCGCUGCUGCCGCCCCUUCCGUCCCACUGCUACCCAUCAGUGCUGCUGGGCUCAUCAGAUGAUUAUGUGUGGCUCUACUCGCCUGACUUCGGUCGAUGCCUCUCCAAGAUGCAUGCACACGACGACACGGUGUCAUGCAUUCAGGUCAGCCAGUGGGGCGCUGACACGUGUCUGUUCACAGCAUCAUGGGACGGCAGUGUGAAGCAGUGGAGCAUGGCCCACUCGCCCUUCCUCUCCGCCUCGCCCUUCGCCUCCUUCUCCUCCUCCUCGCCCCACUCCCAUGGCGGCUCAGACACAUUAGUCCACCCUCCUCCUCUAGCGGAGCUCAAUCAGCAUGACGCACCUAUCACAUCGCUCCAAGUGGCCAUCCCUGCCACGUCAGCAUGGCCCCUUGCUGCCUCAGGGUCAGCCAAUGGUGCUGUGCUGCUGUGGGACAUGCGUGCGCCCCCCUCGGCAUCUGUCCCUUGGAGCUGCCGCCUCUCCCCUCUCACCACCACCACCGCCCCCACGUCGCCACUAGCAGUGACAGGGCUGGUGUUCUCGUAUGGGGGACUGCACGUCACUGCUGCCGACUCCACGGGGGGGCUCAGAGUGCUGGAGAUGCGCAUGGGCGGUGCUGAGCUGGCAUCUCAGCACUGUCCAGGUGGCGGCCUCACGUGCUGCCAGCCUCUCGGCGAUCAGUCUGUCCUCGCUGGCAGGGUCUCGCACAGUAGGUCAGGUCAGCCCAUCCACUCCACACUUAUGCGCCUUCUCCUUCUCCUCCCCUCCCCACCCCGCAUUCUUAUGGUGCCUCAGACAGAACAGGCGCCUCAAGGGUCAUCCUUAGUCCCUCUCUCACCAUUGCUGUUCCCUCUCAUCUGGCCCCCCCCCUCCAGGCUCAGUUCUACUGUGGGACAUGCGAGCGCCUCCCAUUGCCUCUGUCCCGUGGAGGUGCCGCAUCUCCCCUCUCACCACAACCCCCAAUAUUAUUCACUCUCUCACUGCUCCCACACAUCCCUCCCCUCCCUUCCAGGCGCUGUGCUGCGGUGGGACAGGCGAGCGCCCUCUUCUGCCUACAUCUCCCCCAUCUCAUCAAUCACUCUCCCACCUUUCCUCCCCCACACAUCCCUCCCCUCCCCCAGGCGCUGUGCUGCUGUGGGACAAGCGAGCGCCCUCCGCGGCCUGUGUCCCCUGGAGGAGCCACCUCUCCCCUCUCACCAACACCACCAUAGUAAAACCCUCUCUCACUUCUCCUCCCGCACGCCCCCCUCCCCUUUCCAGGCGCUGUGCUGCUGUGGGACAUGCGUGCGCCCCUUCUUCCUCUGUCCUCUCUAA